AUGCGUCGACGAAUUCUGCUUCUUCUCAUCGUCGUCGCCGCUCAUCAAUGCUUCGACGCCGAUUUUGUGGCUCCCGCUCGACGCGAAAAACGAUACGUGGUUCGCGCGAAGCGUUGGCACAAAAGCCGAUUCACGUGGAAGCUUCUGCCCGACAAUCUCGAUGACGCCGACAUCUUCAUAGUGAGGAACACACUUCAUCGCGCGUUCAAUGAAUGGCAAACGGUUUCGUCGGCCGAGUUCGAGGAGACCGCCGGCACGCCGGACAUCACAAUAGCGUUUCGCAAAGGCGAACAUCACGAUGGCUAUCCGUUCGACGGCGAAGACGGCGUUGUGGCGCACGCGUUCUACCCGCGAGACGGACGCCUUCAUUUCGAUGCCGACGAGAAAUGGAGUCUCAAUUCUGAUGAAGGGGUUAAUCUGUUUCAGACCGCCGUUCACGAGAUCGGCCACCUUCUCGGCCUCGAACAUUCAAUGGAUGUCCGAGCUGCUAUGUAUGCAGCCAAGCGGCCCUAUGAUCCAGGAUUCACUCUAGGUGAUGACGAUGUUCGAGCCAUUCGUGCUCUAUUCCCAAUGAUGGAAGAGGUGGCUACUUCGACUCCUAGCACCACCACUAUUAGCACUACUACUAUUGAGUUCACCGAUGAGGAGAAAGAUGAUCCAUUUGAGAGCAGUUCGCCGAAAUCGCGACGGACAUCGGUCGAUUCGUUCUUUCCAUUCCCCCUUCCCUCCAUCGAGUAUUUCCAAAAACGUCCCGAUUGGUUUGUGCUAUGA